AUCAACACGGAAUGUAAAAGGUUUUUCUUUACAAUAUGGCAUCUUCAACAAAUGUGGAUGUUUCUUUUACUGAUGAAGUUUGGAAGUGUUCAAUUUGCUUUGAACAAUUCAAAAAUCCGCGUGUUUUACCUUGUUCACACUCAUUUUGUCACGAAUGUUUGUCUUCCUAUAUCACAACAGCCUGUCAAGGUAAGGCGGAGCCUGUGGGAUUUCAUUGUCCUUUAUGUCGAAAAUUUGCUGUAGCUCCUAGUUUUUCUACAAAGCCAAGUGAGUUGGCUGAACAGUUCCCAAUCAACCGAAUUUUGUGGAUAUCUUCUAAACAAACCGAAGUUGUCACACUUUGUGAGGCAUGCAAACGAGAGGACGCAGAAGCUAAAAAGUAUUGUUUGACUUGUUUAGAUGCGCUAUGUGAAAACUGUGCAGAUUAUCACACAAGAAAUCGCACUCUUCGAGAUCACGAACUUUGUGAUUUAAACGACAAACUGAAAGAAUCUGCAACCAACACAUAUUUUAGAUUAUUGGUCAAGUGCUGCAGUGUACAUAAGGACAGACCCAUAACACUUUACUGUAAUGAUCAUGAGACACCUUGUUGCACCAUGUGUGUAUCCACCGAGCACAGGAAGUGUGAUAGUGUGGAUACCAUUGAACAAACAGCAGAAAAAAUCAGACAAAAUAAUAGUGUUAAAGCUUUGUUGGGCGAUUUCAAAGAUACCGAAAAUAUGCUCUCUGUUGCUAAAACGAAACAAGAUGAAGAUAUCUCAAAAAUAGAUGACAUGUCUGAUAAGAUAACAGAAGAUAUUCAAAAUUUCAAAGAAGAACUUGUUCAGCAUAUUGAAAAUCUUGAGAGUAAAUGCCUUGAUCAAGUUGCAAAAUUUACAAAGGAAAGUAGAGGAAAAAUGACAACAAAUGCCGAAGCAGUAAAUGACAAACUUCAGCUGUCCCGCUUCUGUAUUCAAUCUUUGGAGAACGUUAGAACUCUAACAGAUGUUGAGAUUGUCAUGGAAUUCCAAAGAAGUCAACAACAUUUGAAACGUGUUAGAAAUGACCCUAUAGAUUCAGUAAAUAUAAAGAUGGAAGCAGUUUUAAACUCUGAAUUAAAAACACUCACGAACAUUCCGAACUUUGCAAGCAUUAAGUUAUUAGACUCAGUAGAGAGUAUAAUCCAUAGAAGCAGCAUUGAAGCCAAGACACUUGAUUUAGAGUUAUGGCAAGACGUACAAAUAACAGCAUACUCUAUACGAGGAAUGGUUUUUCUCAAUGAUGCUAACGUCGUAUUCACAACUUGGAGCUCUUCCAAAACUGAUUUGAUUGUAUAUGCUCUUGACAAUACUGGAUUGAAAUUUCAACGUGACCUGAGGUUUGGUUACAGGGAUACCUUUGACAUAAAAUUGAAAGGCAACAUCUUGUACCUAUCAUCGGUAUCUGGUAAUUGUGUUAAAGCUGUGUCGGGAGAUGGUGAUUUUAAAGAAAUAUUUACAAUCCAUGUUGGAAGAAAAUGUUAUGGAAUUGAUGUAGUUGAUGAUUUCAUUUAUGUGACAUGUGACACGUCAGUUAUUAAAACGGAUACAAAGGGAAAUAUUCUGAAAGAAUACAAAACGCCCUCUGGAGUACGAUACGUUGUUGUAACGCGUAGUGGGCUUACUAUAAUAUACAGUUGUUCCAAAGAAAACAUUGUCAAAAGCAUCUAUUAUGAGAAUGGUGAUACAGUCUGGACUUAUAGCAGUCCCAAUUUGAAAAAUCCGUAUGGUUUGCAGAAGGAUUCCUCGGACAAUGUAUAUGUGGCGGAUUACCAUAGUAGCAAUGUACAUGUAUUGUCCAGCGUUGGAUCAAUUCUCAGAAUCUUCGAAAAUUUGCCUCAUCCGAUAUCACUUAUACUUAUUGAACAAAGAAGCAUUGCUCUCCUUUGUUGUCAUAAUUACAUAAAAGUAAUUCAUGUAAAAUGA